AUGACCGAUUCUCUUUCCAGCUAUCUUCAUCCAGAUUAUGCCGAGAUAGUUGUGGUUCGUCAUGGUCAAACAAUUUGGAACGCUGAAAGAAAAGUUCAAGGACACUUGGAUGUUGAAUUGAAUGAAGUUGGAAGAGAUCAAGCUCGUGCAGUGGCUGAUAAACUAUCUAGAGGACCAAAGAUCUCCGCAAUAUAUUCUUCUGACUUGCAACGCGCUUUCGAAACUGCCCAGAUCAUUGCUUCUAAAUGUGGAGUACUAGAGGUUGUUAAGGAUUUUGACCUACGAGAAAGACACAAGGGAGAUCUUCAAGGUCUUUCUCAUCUUGAAAUAGCAAAGACAAAUCCCAUCAGUUACAAGGCUAUGAUGUCCAAGAAUGAAGAACAAGAAAUCCCUGGUGGUGGAGAAAGUAUUGCUCAACUGCUAGAACGUUGCAAAUCUGCAUUGUUGAGAAUUGGGAAAAAAUAUAAAGGGGUGAGAGUUGUUGUUGUCUCGCAUGGAGCAUCCAUCGAAAUACUUUACAAGUGGGCUUGUGUAAAUGGAUAUGAAGGGAAAAUACACAAUGCAUCUAUCAGUGUUUUUCAUUUGUGUGAUGACGAUAAAUUGAACUUGAAGGUGUGGGCUGAUGUUAGUCAUUUGACCCAAAAUUGA